GGCAGGGCAGUUAAAGCGGGAUCAAAGCGGGUUAUAUUAUCCUGCAGUGCGGACGCAGCCUGGGCGGGAGGAGCCUCCCACCUCGCCUUCCCCCUUGGUUUUGGGAGCCAAACUUCCUGAAGAAGGGCGGCUGGAGGCGGGGAGUUUCCAGGCGGAGAGAAGGCAAGGCAAGGCAAGGCAAAGGCCUCCCUGUCCUCCUCUGCCUUGUUUGCCCAGAGCAGGAGAAGCCGAGGAGACGAGAGACCCAGAAGGGAGGAUGGAGCUGCUGUCCUCCUGGGGCCUGGCCCUGGCCACUCUGCUGGCCCUCGGGGCGGCGGGGCUCUUCCUCCGGAGGAGGCGAAGGAGACCUGGAGAACCUCCAUUAGAAACUGGUUGGAUCCCAUUCUUGGGAGAGGCCCUGAAAUUUAAAAAUGAUGCUACCAACUUUUUAUUAUCCUUGCAGCAAAAACACGGAGAUAUUUUCACAGUCUACCUGGCUGGUAGAUAUAUUACAUUUGUAUUGGACCCCCUGCAGUUUGCUUCUGUAAUCAAGAAUGGCAAACACCUGGAAUUCAAAGAAAUUGCAGAUCGGAUAUCAUCCCAAGCAUUUGACCAUCCAUCUAUUUUAAAAGAGAAUUACUCAAACCUAAGUGAAAAUGUGCACAGGAAUUAUCAGUACCUUACAGGAAAACCAUUGGACACACUCUCUGACAGCAUGAUGAAAAACCUCCAAAGUAUAUUUAAGACAAAGUUCUCACAAGUAACAGAUUGGAAAAUGGAGACAGUGAAUAAGUUCUGCUUCUCCAUCAUAUUUGAAGCCAGUUUUAGAACACUGUAUGGAAAAGAUCCUGAUGCAGAUGGCCACAGUGUUACUGAUGCCAUCGGAGACAAGUUUCUCAAAUUUGAUGCCAAGUUUUCCUAUUUGGCUGCAAGCAUACCAAUUGAAUUUUUGGGAGAAACCAAGGGAAUCCGGAAAGAACUCAUCAAUUUUUUUAAACAUGAAAAUAUGGCAAAGUGGUUGGGAGUUUCUGAAGUAAUCCAAGACAGAAAAAAUAUGUUUGAGAUGUAUGAGGAGCUUGGAGACUACGACAAAGCAGCACAUCAUUUUGCCUUCAUGUGGGCCUCUCUGGGAAACACAAUUCCAGCUACAUUCUGGACCAUGUAUUAUCUUCUACGGCACCCAGAAGCUCUUGCAGUGGUGCAUGACGAAAUUGACCAUUUGCUGCAGUCAACAGGUCAAGAGAGGGGGCCAGGAUUCAACGUCCGCCUCACCAGAGAACAGUUGGACAACCUGGUCUACCUAGAGAGUGCCAUAAAUGAAAGUUUACGAAUGUGCUCAUCUUCAAUGAACAUCCGCCUCACAAAGGAAGAUUUUAUUCUGAAGCUCGAAGGGAAUCUGGAAGUCAGUUUGAGAAAGGGAGACUACAUCGCUAUUUAUCCUCCGAUUCUUCACAUGGACCCCGAGGUCUACCAGGAUCCCGAGCAAUACAAAUUUGACCGUUAUGUCGAAAAUGGAAAGAAGAAGACAGGUUUCUACAAACAGGGGAAGAAACUAAAACACUUUCUGAUGCCUUUUGGCUCUGGAGCCAGCAUGUGCCCUGGCAGGUUCUUUGCAGUUAAUGAAAUUAAGCUGUGUUUGGUUUUAUUGUUGUCUUAUUUUGAUAUGGAAUUAUUGGAAGAGAAAUCAAUUGGACUAGACAAGAGUAGAAUCGGCCUGGGAAUAUGCUUGCCUGAUUCCGAUGUUAUGUUCCGUUACAAGCUGAAGCCUUAAUAUGUAAAUUCAAUUGUUAACUGAACAUCCUACUCUGAUUCAUUCUGGCUCUUGCUAUUAAAUUCUGUAUGGUUUUCGUAUCUUUCUGGUAUAUUUAGGUAUGAAAUUCGCCAUGUUUUGAUUGCUGCUAAGUAUUUCAGAUGAUAUUUGCAAAGAGCCAUGGAUAUUUUUGCACAAAGCAAUAAACACAAAUCUUAAUCAUGGGUGGGAAUCAUGUGGCCCUCUAGAUGCUGUUGAACUGCAACUCCUAGUAUUACUCACCAUUGGCAAUGGUGGAGAGGGUUGCUGGGACUUUCAGUCCAGUUACAUCCAGAAGGCUGUAUAAUUCUGACAGCUGUUGUAAAUCCAAUUGCUAGUCCAAAUUGAAGUAUAUCCACUGAACUAAUGGGAUAUUUGGUAAGGCAAUAUUUAUGUAAGUUCCACUGAUUCAAAGGAAGCAUCUCUACUUGGGACUAAAAAAGUAUAUUUUGAUGAUACAGUACACCUUUUGUGCAACAUCUUAAAAGAAGUCUUAGAAUAUAUGAAAACAAGAGAUUUGAGAUUCAAGGCUUCACAAGUACUAGCUAGAGAUCAGGGUUCGUUUCAGUUUGUUUCUGAUUAGCAUUUACCAACAUUCACAAAUUUCUUCAUAUUUAGGAUGAUAAAAUUUUUCACAAUCUUCUGAAUGAGUGUGGAACAAAGCAAAAUGGAUACAUUGAUCCAGGCCUAGGACUGUUAAAAAUCUAGGUUUUAAUCCCUGCAUAGUCAGUCGUGUUUAGGUCUAUAUUAGUCUUCACAUCUCUUUAUUCUGGAAAAAAAGACCCGUCAUUUUUUUUAACAAAAAUAGCAGACAGAUGCAGCAGGGACCUCUCCAUAAUAGGAAUAGCUACAUUUGCUGUUACAAAUGGGAGAAUUUCACUUCAAUUCAUUUUUGAAUGUGCAAAUCACAUAUUUCUAAUGGGACAUGCAGAAUUUGUAAAUUGUAUAUUUAGAACUGGAAGAACUGGAAGCUUUUUUUUUUACUGAACUCCAGAGAAAAAUCAAACUGACAAUUAUGUCCAUCCCAUGCACUGACCUAUCAAUAAAGUUUCUGGCCUGCUGGAAGUAACACUAAAACUGGCAAAGAUCUUUUUAUUCAUACAGGAUUUUGAACAUCUGACCUGAGAUUUUGCUUAUGGGGGAUUUUUACUGAUAUGUUUGUAAUUAUGUUUUUAAUUAGUACUUUGUGUUAUAAUAGUCUUUAUUUGAUUUUUAGUCAUGUGUUCUGCCUUGAAUGCCAUUUAUUGGCUGAAAGAUGUGGUGUAAAUUUAAUUAAUAAAUAAAUGCUGAAUUCCUAAA